GCUCUCUCUCUCCUCCCGCUUCCAUAAUCUCUCUCCUCUCGCUCAUCUGCUCCGUCGGCCCUUCGCACCGACAGGACUACGCAACAGUGACGGGCGAGAGACGGACGGACCGAGGUCCCGGCCACACUAACGUCGAGUUGGGUUCACGCUCCCGCCCGCCCGCCCGCCCGCCAGUCCGUCCGUCUCCUCCCGGCUUCCAGGGAGCAGUAAGAAGAGACGGCGAACAGCAGCAAGCAGCCUGUGGAGUUACAAAGUUUUGUCUGGAGACCCGAGUAGACAAAUCCACGACUACCAACAACAAACAACAACAUCAACAACAACAUCAACAACAAACAACAACAACAACGCCGCUGGCAGGUUGUUCCCCCCCCUUUGAAACUGCUGCCAAGGUUUUCUUCAAUCGGAGUUCUCAACCCUGCCAAUGGAAGCUGCUGCGGUGCCAUCCCACACACGAUUGCCCCCCAUCCCAGCUAGCCGGAAGAUGAAGCCCCGUGCACCGGUACCACCGCUGAUGCGGUCCCAGUCCGAGACUGGGCCCCCCAACUUAGACCCACCAGACCAUGGUGGGGGUGAUGGUCUCUCAGUGGAGAAUGUGGAGCUCAACGUCAUUCUGCCGGGUGGGGAGCACCACAUGGCUCGAGUCGACGGCAGCAAGCCGGUGAUGGACCUCCUGAUUGUACUUUGCGGUCGCUACCGGUUGAGCCCUGCCGGCCACACCCUGGAGCUGCUUUCGAGGGAUAAUGCAUCGCCUCUGCAGUACAAGCCCAACACACCCCUGGGGGCCCUUUGUGCUGGGACGGCCCUCCUCAAACCUCGGCCCGCCAGCGAGGACCGACUCAAGAAGCCGAUGCAACCUGUUGUCCCGGAGCAAACGGUGCGGCUGAUGGUGAACUACCUGCGAACGCAGAAGACCAUGGUUCGGGUUAGCCCACGUGUGGCCCUGCAAGCACUGCUGCCCGAAAUCUGCAACAAGUGCGAGUUUAACGUCCCCCUCACCACGCUGUUCCGGGACGCCAGCGAGACGGAGCUGCUCGAUAUGUCGUGCUCGCUGUCUGAGCUCGGUAUCAAGGAGGUGUACGCCGUCGACAGAAGCAAAGUUUUCAGACAUCAUCGCACGGGUUCUUCAGUAUCUUUUGGGUUUCAAGAGCUGAGCCAUGGUCUUAACGACAACACAGACCUUCCUGAGAAAGAAAACAAAGGGCUUUUGAGCUUUCUGCGGCCAAAGAAAAAGAAGAGUGAUGAUGAUGUUUCCGAGUGUGGUUCCAACAGUUCAAUGCAUGGUGACAGUAGCAGAGACACUUCCAUGCCUGGAACACCAUUAAUGGGGCAGCAGCAGCACCAUCAGCGACCCAUGAGCAUGCCGUGCGUGCCCUCCCCUAUGUUGGGCACACUGCCCGGUGGCGGUGGCGGUGGUGGUGGCGGCAGCAAGGGGCCCUACGGCGUGUCGGUGUGCCCCGAAGGACCAAGGAAGCGGAGGGCCCCAGCACCCCCUGUCUCACCCACCAACCCCCUGGCCACCACACCCAUCCCUGAGGACGGAGAGCCAAACAAAGACAAAGAAAACGUUCCGUCCAUCUCGCCUGGCAGCCAGGAUAGCGGUUUCGAGCAGGUGUGUCGGGAUCAUUUGCAGAGCUCUCCAGACCAGCUGUGCCUGGCACAGGAGACCAGAAGAAGCCAGUCUCCCCCUGCACCAUUGGCCUCAUCUUCGACUGAGGCCGCUGGAGCUACGUCGCCACUCGCCAUGCUGCAGCAUCGCACCAAGCGCCGUGCACCUCCCCCUCCCCCAUCCACAACCGCCCAGGGUAUGCAGGUCGCCGCCGAGUCGCCGCCGUCGCCACCUCCGAGAUCUGCCCCAGAACAGGCCUCGGCAGCGUUGUUUCAGCCUGGAUCCCCUCCUCCUGUGCAGCCAAGCGUGGAGAACCAGCAUCGAAGGCGGAGCAGCUCCACAGCCUCCACUCAAAGUUCUGGGAGCUUACCGCUAAAGGAUGAAAAUAAAGAAGGAGUAAGUGAACGGCCUACACCUGUAAAACCCCCACGCGGGUCCCAGGCGUCCCCACCUCCCGUCGUUCCCACCUCGCCGCCACCCGGCAUCGCACGGGAUCCUCCACAGUUCCAGGCACCCCCUCCUCCACCAUACCCUCCUCCUCCUCCUGAGCCGACCGCUCCACCCCCUGCACCUCCUCAUGCCGUUCCAUCAGAAAAAACUUUGAACGAGGGUGGUGGAAUGGGCAGUGAUUCCAAUGUCACAAAGCAACAGUGCAUGCCUGAAGCGGCACCCCGUAGGCUUGAACAAGGAACCACCGCCAAGUCUGAGACACAGAAGACUUUCUGUGGCGCAUCUCAGCAAGCCCACGCCUUAGCUGAUAACAUGGUGCAAGAAUAUUCAUCAGACCUGGUACAGGCUAACACUGAUGCUGCAGCAACUGCUGAAUUCGAUGAGUUAAUUGCUGAACUUGAAAUGGGGCUGACGGAUGAUGACUUGAGGUCUAAGAGUAGUCACCCCAAUGUGGAGACUGUAAAAAAUAUUCAAGCAGAGGCUGACGUUAAUUUUAUUGUAGAGCCGGUUAAAAAGCCAGAGCCAGCCCUUCCAGAUUCAACAGUGAUAAAAGCCACUGCAGACAGCAGCUCCAACAAUACUGAUAAAGUAGAUAUAAACAACGAGACAAAGUAUCCUGUUUUAUCAGCAAAUGCCAAUGUGGCAACAGAUGUCAAAAGAGGACCUUCAAAAAAAGCUUUGCAAUUUCUCAAAGCUUAUAAUGAUAUGCAAAAAAGGGAAGCAGCUGAUAAAAACAAGGCUGGAAAUGUGCAACAGGUUUCUGAUAAGCCACCUGUUACUCAGAAAAAGGAUGGUAAUGAAGUAAAAGUCGACUUUCUUGCCAAGGUUCAGAAAUCUGCCUUGGCCCAGCAACGUGACCAUAAAUCCAAACCUACCCUUUGUGGGUCUUUUUCUGGGGCCACUGCAAAAGCAUCUGGUUGUGUAGUGGGUGAACAAGACCCCAGACAUAAAAGGUUAUCUAUGGCUUUCCCUGACAUAUCCACCAAACCAAAUAGUGAGUUAAGCAGGGCAGAAAGGCAUGGAGGAAGCCUAAAGUGUCUAGAUAAAAUGCCUGUUAAAAAUGAAACCUUUCUAAAUGCGCAUGUGGAGAAAAUCCCUGUAGUACAUGCCAAAUCUGUGGACAAGCAAGUAAAGAGUAUACCUGCGGAACGACAGAAUGCAUCAUCCGAACAGUAUAAAAAACAACUGGUAACACAAAAAUACAUGACAUACGUGGAAGAGUCAGUAAUGAUCCAGCCAGUAGAAAUCCAUAAAGAAAUUGCAGGAGCUAGAGAAGAAAUAGUUGAACCAAACAAAGUUUUCAAGGUUAUUGCAGAAGAAAGGCUAACUAAACCAUCAGAAAAAACAAUUAUUUCAGAAAGCAUUAAAAGUGAAAAAGUAUCCGAAAUAAAUAAAACUUCACAGCCAGUAAUGGACCAGUCAAAUGAGCCUGAGGCUUCGAUGCAAAACAGCAUUUUUUACAAGACACGAUCAAUUUCAAGAGAGCCAUGUGUACCUGAAGUUGAAUAUCAAUAUAAUUCUGCUGAACCAUCUUCUCCAGUUCUUCCUGUCUAUAAGCAGCCUUCAGAUCGGUGGAGGUCCACAAAUGAAAUCACCAGAGAUUACCUUCCUAAAGUGGGAUUGACCACUUACAGAAUUGUUCCUUCCAAGCCAGUCAUAAGACCAAAACCUGAAACAGCUGAUGUCCCAUUCCUUUUACCAACUUAUGAAACAGAAGCCAGCAAGACUGAGACUGCUACUGCAACCGAUACUACAAAAGAAAUCAAAGAAAAGUUGAAAUAUGACUCUACAGCGAAGAUCAGGGACAUUACAGCCAAUCCACAACAACAUACAGCACAUCAGUCACCAGUGAUUUCUCCACCAUUAAUUCCCCCACCAUUGAUUCCCCCACCAUUGAUUCCUCCUUUAUCAGGGCUCUCAAAUGUGACUCGCCCAUUCCAGAGGUCCCAUUCCCUCCAGUGUACUCCAGAGACAAUAUCUCAGCAACACUCUGCUGUAAAAGCCACCGAGCCACUUGCCAGCAUUGCCACAUCUCCACCAUCUAGCUCAAAGCAAGAUGCAUUUUUCCGUCCCGGCAGGAGAACCUCCAGCCUCUAUGUGGCAUCUGCCAUUGCCAAGAAAACAGCCUACAAGUCCAUUGAUACUCCAAAUGAAACUUACAGUGGCACAACCACAACAAAGACAACACCUGUGGAUGCUUUGCCACCACUUCAGGUAAAUUGUGAACAGGAUGAGCUCAUAAUUCCACCACCACCACAGUUUUCUACGGAAGAAAAUGCCAACAUUCCAAAUGCUCCAGGUGACCCAGGGAAAGUGAUUAUAAUUGAGGCACCACGAGUUCAUCAAUGGAAGCCAAAACUAUUUAGACCAGUCAGUUUCCCAAGUGUCAUAUUCAAAGAUGACAAACCAUCUAGCAUGAGUGUAGAGUCUAGUCAUUUAGAGUCUAAGAACACUGUCUUUGCUGUCAAGUCACCACCGCCGGUGAUUUCUCAAACAAGUAGUGGAUACCCUUUUAAUGUAAAAUCAGCGUCUAACUCAUCUCAAAUUCAGUCUGUUCUCAGUUCUCCAAAAUCCACAGAUGCAAGUCCUUUCUAUCAGCCGCCCACAGUUUUAAAUACCACUGGAACUGCACUGGAAAGUCCCAGUCUUAUUUAUGAGCAGAGAAAACCAUCAGGUGAAGAUACUGGUCUGUUUGGACCGAUGCUGAAGUUAAAACCUGUGGUGCAAAAACCAAUUCUGAAGGAUAACAAUCCACAUAAUUCCCUAAUGGAAGCACUUCAGUCUACAGACAACAUGGGCAGAUUGAGAAAGGUUUCAGGUGAAAAUCUGCAGAAGAUACCGGCUGCUGUUGAAAGUGAGACGGAAAGAGACGCUCUUAUGGCGGCUAUUCGAUCAGGCGCAGGAGGAAAACGACUGAGAAAAACCUCAUCUACAGCAGCAGAAGAACUGGUGUCUCAGCAGUUGAGAGAAGCUGACUCGAGCGAUUCAGCCACAGUGCGGACACGGCUUGCAUCUGUGCAUUCUCCUCCAGUUCCCACAGCCCCACCUCCUGUCAUCCUUAUGGGUAAUGGGGCCAGAAGUACAGAGUGUAGUCCGGAGGAGGCACGUCUGGCCAUGCUUGAUGCCAUCCGAUCCGGCAGUUGUGCUGGCAUGCUUAAAAAGGUGCCAAAGUCUGUGAAGACCAUCGAAGUAAAUGGAAAGUCAGGAACCAUCAGGAGUUCAUCGUCAUAGGAAGGCUAUUACACAUCCAACCUCCCAUUGAGCGCCUUACUGUCGACAUUAGGAGCACUUUGCCUUUAGACGGUGGAACAAAUACAACAUGAAAGCCUACUGGAGACCAUAUUGUUCAUGACCAAUGAAGUGCCAUGUGUGCUGAUGGUUGGUGCUUUACAUGUGUAUUUUCUUUGUGCAAAAUAAUUACGCACACCAUUAAAUGUGUGCAAAAGAAUGUGUACGCUUAUAUUUUGUAUUGACACCUUUUUAUUGCAUAUUAUACCUUUGUAAAACUUUCCCCUGGCAGCUUGUGUUUUUGAUGGGGAAUGGGGACUCUUAAAAUGCCUCUUGAUGCACAUAAUACAUGUUAUGUUCUAGAAUUUACAUGACAUUAUUUCUCAUCUACUUACGUGCAAGUUUGUACUGUGUCUAUCAAUAGUGUAUAGCUGGAAAAGGCAGUAAUUUUGCUUGGAGCAUUGUGUCAAAAGAUGGGUGGGAAACUGUAAACUUGGCUCCAUUAAAUAUGGGAUGUGUGCCUUUCCCCACGUUAUUAGAGCGAUUGAAAAUAAUUAAACAUGCAAGUAUGCUUGUGAUUAUCAUUGUAUAUUAUGAAUUCAGGAAUAUUACUAAUUUGAUGCAGUUGAAAAAACCGAUGAGGAAUUCCCGCAUGUGUACCAGCAUGCAAUGAACGAUCUAUUCGGGGACAAAUUGCACUUCUUGCAUGGAAUAGAGCCACGUUGACAGUUGUGCAGGUACUCCAACCUAGCAGGUGGGACGGUUAAAGGCUGAAUGGCUUGUCAAUGGAUGUCAGUAUUAUUGUUUCCCUUAAUGUUCAAUUCAUUCAAUGGUUUGCUUUGUUUCUGUAUUUCUUUAACGAGACCAGCGUCUCUUAUUUGUCAUUUAACCACUCUGCUGUUCUAAAAAUGUACUUUGCACAGUAUCUUGUUUAACGUCUGACAUUCCAAUAAACGUGUGGCAUAUGUUAUAAUGAAAUUACCAUGAAAAAUAAGUAUAUUUACUCCGCAAUAUUAUUUUGAGAAUGGAGAAAAAACACUGACAUGCCACAAUGUUUAUAAGGCAAGCAAUGUAAUGUAUUAAUGGGCGUUCUUGAGCAGCAUACCUUGAUGGCCUUUGUGCUAACUACUGUUUUCUUGUGGCGGUGGCAGCAACAUGACUACAUUUAUAAAAAAAAAUAUGGAAGAUGUGUCCAUUACGUUAUACUAUACUUAUAUUUUCAAUAGAAAAUUUUGGGAGCACUUGUCUUUUUACAUUCUGGAGGUUUAACGAUGUGUUUCGUGUUGAUGUACGAAUAAACACUUGGUGCAGCCUG